AUGGGAGAUCCAAUGAAAGAAAAUGAUCAAGGUUCAGGAUAUCAAAGUUGGACUAUUGAAGAGAGCAAUGAACUUCUUAAACUUAUGGUUGAUGUUAGUAAUCGUGGUUGGCGUGAUCAUGCUGGAAAAAUAAAUAAGAUAACAGUCGAAAGACAUAUACUAAAACCUUUGAAUGAAAAGUUAGGGAUCACUCGGACUUACAAUCAAUAUACAAGUCGAGUGAAAUAUUUUAGGAAACAAUAUGCUAAGUACAAUGAGCUUAUGCGGCAUAACUCUGGAUUUGGAUGGAAUUCUGUAACAAAGUUCUUCACUGCCGAUGAUGAAAUCUGGGAAGACUACUUUAAGUCUCAUCGUAACAAUUCAAGCUUACGGACAGACCCUCAUCCAGACUUUGAAAAUCUGAGAAUUGCAGUUGGUAACGGUACAGCUAAAGGGACAUAUUCUAUUGCCAUAGGAGACGACACUAUAGAAGAAAAUAGAGAAAGUGGGAGCUUGCUAGAUGAUUUCACAUAUGAUCCCUCAAGUGAUGCAUUUAUUCCAUCAAGUACCCAAGAUCCUUUUCCACCAUCUCCCGAGAACUCUUUCGUGCCAACCUCGACUCAACAACAAUACUCGGAGCCCCGUCCACCUCCAAGAAAACGAGCUAAAACUGAUUCUCAAACUAAGGCUACCUCAUUUGAUCCUAAAGAUAUCCAAGACCUCGCAGAAAAGCUUACAUCAAAUGUGGAGAAGUUUACUCGUGCUAUUGAAUCAAUUGACACAAAAGAGUACAACUGUUGGGAUUUGAUUAAG